AUGAGCAAAGCCCAGAAAAGGAAACGCCUACACAAAGGCGACGGCGACUCAAAAGCUCCGGCCAAUAAAUCCACCGUCGACGACGGCGAUCCAUACCCCGCACUUCUUAGACCUACUGCUGAAGAAUGUCGAGAUGUAAGGGAUGCUUUGUUGUCUCUCCAUGGGUUCCCUUCUGAGUUCGCCAGUUACCGCCGUCAGAGACUUAGAUCAAACUCCGCCGUAGAUUGUCACGAUACACAAUGCACGGUGAAAGUUGAGACAUUGAAUGAAUCGGCGGAGGAGAAGGAUGAGAAAGUGGAGAGCGUGCUUGAUGGUCUGGUUAAAAUUCUUCUCUCACAGAAUACAACUGAGGCCAAUUCCCAAAGGGCUUUCGCUUCUCUCAAAGCUGCAUUUCCGAUAUGGGAAGAUGUUCUAGCCGCUGAGUCGAAGUUAAUUGAGAAUGCUAUAAGAUGUGGAGGAUUGGCCCCUAAAAAGGCUGUGUGCAUCAAGAACAUAUUGAACCGUUUGCAGAAGGAAAGAGGUAGAUUGUGCUUGGAGUAUCUUCGUGGUUUAUCGGUAGAAGAAGUAAAAACCGAGCUCUCCCAUUUUAAAGGCAUAGGACCUAAAACGAUUUCUUGUGUUCUCAUGUUCAAUCUCCAGCACGACGAUUUUCCGGUGGACACGCAUGUAUUUGAGAUCGCAAAGGCAUUAGGUUGGGUCCCGAAAACAGCAGACAGGAACAAAACCUACGUUCAUCUCAACCGCAGGAUCCCCGAUGAGCUCAAGUUUGAUCUGAACUGUCUGUUAUACACGCAUGGUAAGCUCUGCAGCAACUGCAAGAAGAGUGUUGCUAAACCAAAAGCUAAAGUAGCGUCCUCUGAUGAUUGUCCUCUUCUGAUGUUUUCUGGUUUAGUCUAG